AUGCAUUUGUUUUCUGCAAAAACACACAAUGAAGGGGCCAGCUCCAUAGCUCUGUCAUCUGAGGCAGCAUACACUGAGAUUACACUUCCGGAAUCCAGUGGUCAGCACACUCCUCCACGUGGACAGAACAUUGGAAAUGAAGAAAAUCCAGAAGUAGUGUCGACCCCGCAUGCGCCUACUGCAAACAUGAGAUUCGAUACACUUGAAGAUGCCCAGCGGCACUACUUGGCAUUUGCACGCAGGAGGGGUUUUGGAGUAAGGUACAAUUACAGAAAAAAAUCUGAGGUUACUGGUGAGCUAAUAAGAGCAGAUAUGGUUUGUCACAAAUCCGGUCACCAAGCAAAAACAAAAGAAGAUACCCAAAAACCUAAACCAGUUAUGCCAGAAAGAAUGAAGAACAACAACGUUAGGACUGACUGUCCAGCUAGAAUGGCUUUAAAGGUCAGGAAUGGAAGCUGGUUAGUGACAGAAUUCUGUGAUGAACACAAUCACCCCCUUCUGUUGAAGUGGUCCUUGACUGGUUUCUUACGCUCACACAAGGAUAUACCACAAGAAGACCAAGACUUCAUUAGAAUCCUACACUCGGUUAACAUGGAAACAAGCAGAAUGAUGCAAGUGAUGGCUACGAUGUACGAGUCAGUUGAAGGCGUUCCAUAUACCCCGAAAGAAUUGGCAAAUUUCAGAUCAACACUACGAGCAAAAAACAAGUACACUGAUAUGCAGGAUACCAUGGCAUACUUUGGGGCCACGAAGUUGCGAGACAAGGAUAUCUACUACCGAUACAAACUGGAUGAUGAGGACCGUGUCCAAUACUUGUUUUGGGUAGACAGUGCUGCAAGAAAAGCAUACAAGUCCUUCAAUGACUGUAUAUCUUUCAACGCAACAUACAUGACAAACAAAUACAAAAUGCCUUUCGCACCAUUCAUUGGAAUAAACAAUCAUGGCCAGUCAAUUCAACUAGGUUGCGGUUUCCUAAAGAAUGAGCUUAGCGAGAGCUACAUAUGGCUUUUCGAGUCGUUCCUGAUUGCAAUGGAUGGAGUUGCCCCAACAAACAUGAUAACAGACCAGGAUGGUUCUAUGCGUGCUGCAAUGGAAAAGGUCUUCCCAAACACAACGCAUCGAAACUGCAGAUGGCAUAUUGUAGACAAAGCAACAGAAGAGGUUGGCCCGUUUGUUGCAAAGAUACCAGGGCUCCGGGAAGAGAUGAAUGAUUGCAUCAGCUGUAGCUUAACACCGGAAGAGUUUGAGACAAGAUGGACCUUAAUGAUAAACAAAUUUAAUAUCCAAGGGCAUGAGAAAAUUGCAGCUCUGUAUAAAAAAAGAAGCAACUGGGUCCCUGCAUACUUUAUGCACAAGUUCUAUCCUUUCCUACAGACAACUCAGCGUAGUGAAGGCUUCAAUGCAGUUCUGAAAAAGUACAUAACUUCCACAAACUCGGUGAUUGAGUUCGUUCACCAGUACGAAGAUAUCCAAGCAAAAAUUAUGAAAGCAGAGAACAAGGAAGAAUCAGAUUCAUCCCUCCUAACGGCUAAAAAGUGGUGUUGGCACCCAAUAGAGCAGCAUGUGGAAAAAUUCUACACCAAAAACAUUUAUCAUAGAUUUCAGUUUGAAAUGCAGUCCAGCAUGUCGUAUAACAUAAAACCGAUAGGUGAAAACAGAUAUGAGGUUUACUGCAUAACAAAGUUUGUUCCACAGUACCACAACAGAGCCUAUGAAGUCUAUGCUGAUCCUCCCAAUGAGAAUUACAGAUGCACAUGCUGCAAGUUUGAAAGGGAUGGCAUAGUCUGUUGUCACAUUCUCAAGGCAAUGGUGCAGCUAGGAGUCUGUGAGUUCCCACUGAAAUAUGUCCUCCGCAGAUGGACAUGGAGUGCACAAGAAAAUCUAGUUGAAGAGCUUCCUGGACAACCAACUGUUAUGCCAGAAGAAUCAAGGAAGAAAAUGUGGCUUUCGGUAAAUUGCAACGAGUUCAAAGGUCUUGCAAUGUGUGGGAAUGAAAUAGAAGAUGGCCGGAAGAUAAUUCGCAUGCACAUGAAAGCUAUGAAAAAAGACUUGGCACCACUAAAAAGAGAAACAGAAAAGAGAGCUAAAAAAGUAGCUACAUCAAGUGCUACAUAUCCUGCAGAAAAUCCAUCUACCCAAACAGCCCGAGCAAAUUGUCCUACACAACAAGUCCCUCCACAGUACCAAGCACUUGGACCCCGAGCACGCAAGCCCCCAUGCCAGAAAAGAAAAUCAACAGGUUCCUCAACAUCUGCGGCGAAUAACACAACUGCCACAGCUCCCAAUGGGGGAUUCACAGAUGCAGAACCUUCAGAAACAUCACAAGCAAACAACAUACAAGAUCCUCGUGUGUCAAACACUAAGGGACAUGUCAACAGAGAGGAGAGCUCGCAGAUGAGAGUUAAGAAGUACUGA